CCCCUUCUCCUCUCUUCCAUUGCAUCACAUCUCAUGUGACUCACUCCAUUCGCUCUAACUAAAACCCUUUUCCAUUAUUCUUCCUUUCUCUCUCUGACUUCUCUUAUUUGUCUCUGUUUUGUUUUAUUUCACAUUCAACCAUAUCCCUCUGCCUAUGGCGGCUGUCCCAGUAUCGCGGACCGAUCCACCGGCAAUGGUGCCGCCGUCGCUCAUCGUUUCCGACUCCUUCGCCAAGGACGCCAUUCUCGCCUGGUUUCGCGGGGAAUUCGCUGCAGCCAACGCGAUCAUCGACGCGCUCUGCGGCCACCUAGCCAGCAUCGCUACUGCCUCCUCCGACUACGAAGCCACCUUCACAGCCAUCCACCACCGCCGAAUCAACUGGAUCCCUAUCAUCCAGAUGCAGAAGUAUCAUUCCAUUGCUGAUGUCGCUCUCGAGCUCCGCAAAGUUGUGGACAGUAAAACUGAGGCUGAAGGCCUCAAAAAGAGCAACAGCAGCUUCGGCGAGGAACAGAAAUUGAAGAAGGAAAAAGUGGAAACUGGUGGAAAUGAAGGUGACGAAGCUGCGCCGGAAUAUGAUUCGCCAGACAGUGAAAUAACUGAUUCAGGAUCUCAGGAAAUGCAUUCCAGUGCACUGAACAAUAAUAUAUGUUCCAAUCAUGAAGGAUGUGAAGGACGCUCUUCACAGAUAAAGCUGACAAAAGGUUUCUCAGCAAAGGAGUCCGUGAAGGGGCAUAUGGUGAAUGUUGUGAAAGGAUUGAAGUUGUACGAGGACGUGUUUUCUGAAUCAGAAAUCUGCAAGCUGACUGAUUUUGUAAAUGAUAUUCAUGCUGCUGGCCAGAACGGGGAACUCUCAGGUGAAACGUUUAUACUAUUCAACAAACAGAUGAAGGGAAACAAGAGAGAGCUGAUUCAGUUGGGUGUUCCGAUAUUUGGACAGAUAAAGGAUGAUACCAAAAGCAAUAUCGAGCCUAUCCCAGCACUUCUCCAUGAUGUCAUUGAUCACCUUAUUCAAUGGAAAUUAAUUCCAGAGUACAAAAGGCCAAAUGGUUGUAUCAUCAACUUUUUUGAAGAGGGGGAAUUUUCUCAACCAUUCCUGAAACCACCCCAUCUGGACCAGCCUCUAUCCACACUUCUUCUUUCUGAAUCAACAAUGGCUUUUGGACGUAUCCUUGUCAGUGAAAAUGAUGGGAACUACAAAGGACCACUCAUGCUGUCAUUGAAGGAGGGGUCUCUUAUAGUGAUGAGGGGAAACAGUGCAGACAUGGCAAGACACGUAAUGUGUCCAUCCCCCAACAGAAGGGUGAGCAUCAGCUUUUUUAGAGUGAGGCCAGAUUCCAAUCAAUGCCUAUCACCAGUUCCUACCAUGACAACUGCGAUGACUCUUUGGCAACCUGGCAUUACUAGUCCAUAUACUUUGUCAAAUGGAGCUCUAAGCGGCUAUGAAGCAAUGGAUAUGAUGCCUAACUGGGGAAUAUUUGGUGCUCCAAUUGUUAUGCUACCACCUAUGCGUCCUGUGGCAGUGAACUCUCGCAAACUUCCUCGAGGUGGGACUGGGGUUUUCUUGCCUUGGAAGGGAACAUCCAGAAAACACACAAGGCAUCUGCCACCUCGUGCCCAAAAAGGACGACUUAUGGAAUUACCCUCUCCAGUUGAAUCACACUUGGGAGAGUCUACCUCUGAGCCCAGCAUAGCUGUUGAAGGGUAGGCAUGAGUUGAGCCUUGAAGCUGCCUUUGGGUUUUAAUGAGAUGUGAAUGGAUUUCGUGCCUAGGUUAUUUAAUCUGGACUGUGGAGUAUUAAUUUUGUUGUACAAACGAGCCCAGGGGUGCUAGAAGAGUUUUUUUAAUUCAUUUUUUCCUCACAUUUUCCCUUUUACUUGCUUUUCUAGAUAGAUAGCAUAGAAUCUAGUAUUCACAAUAGUUUAUUGUGGGUUCCAAUCAGCUUAAGGGAUUUGGACAAGUAUAGCUUCCAAAUUUGAAGAAUGUGAAUUAUACUUACCGUGCCGAUA